AUGGGUGCAGAAUGGUUCACCACCGAGUAUUUUACGGGCAGCAUUGGUUUACCGCUACCAGCACGAGAGGACUGGUUGUACCAAACCGAUCCAGCUAAUUACCCAACAUUGGGUGGUUUUGCUAGAAGAUACACGAAAAAUAUUGAUGUACUGACCGUAAAGGGUUCGGGACAUUUUGUACCACUGGAUCGACCAAUGCAAGCUCUUCAAAUGAUCUACAACUGGAUCAAUAGAGCCGACUACAGUGCCCCAUUUAACAUCACCCAACCAACAACCACACCUAUUCCCACCACGAAAACCACGCCCAUCGCUUCUCAAUCCACCACAACAGUUACCGGAAGCGGAAGUACUCCAAAGCAGAGCAGUGCCGUACUAAAUCUCAGCAUGAUACAGUAUCUGAUGUUAUUUGUUGCUUUACGGAUAUUGAUCUGA